CAGUGCAUCCUGCAGAACUACAGACUCCUCCCACAUCAGGAGGGACAAGGAGGAGUCAGGUAGUACAUAAACACCAAGUCCAUUGAGAAGACUUGCAUUUUCCCUGAAUCUUCAUCAAGACUUCACUGAAACUUUCUCCAGUUGAAGACAAUGGCAGAUGAAACAUUUAAGCAGGAUUUCCUGGAGGCCCACAACGCCUACAGAGCGCUGCACGGUGUACCCCCUCUGACAUAUAAUAAGGAACUGUGCGAUAAAGCCCAAGAAUGGGCUGAAAGCUGUUUGCAAAACAAAUGUCUGUCUCACAGUAAAACUGACGAUGGAGAGAAUGUCUACUCUAAGUCAGGAUUUCCAAAAGUCACCACAACAGGAAAGGAGGCUGUGGAGGCAUGGUACAGUGAGAUUAAGGACUACAACUUUGCGAAGCCAGGAUUCCAAUCUGGAACUGGCCAUUUUACCCAGGUGGUUUGGAAAAACUCCACGGAACUGGGUGUGGGAAUGGCCACUGAUGGUAAAAGCGUCUUUGUGGUUGGACAGUACCGCCCUGCUGGCAACUUCACCAACAAAGGGGAAUUUGAAGGAAAUGUCCUACCAAAAAACUAGAAGCUGUGCAUUUGAAUGCUCCCUGAGGCGGCGGCAGCAAAGACAGCUCCAGUGAAAAACUUCAGCAUCCUGCUGCUGGUCCAACCAUCAUCCUGAGAUAGGAAAAUGAUUUUGAACAUGAAUAAAGUGAAAAACAUAAAUAAAUAUCUCUUUUCACGA